AUGCAUUCCGUUCAGUUGACCGCUUUGGCGGCUUCGGUGCUCUCCAUGGCUGUUCCAGCCUCUGCGUUCUGGCGUAUGCCUUGCCAGGGCCGUCUCGGUCUUGCCAGAAUGGACCCCAUUGUCAACCCGGGAGAGUUCUCGCCUCACGUCCACACCAUUCACGGUGGUAAAAACUUCGAUUUCACCGUUACUGGUGACCAGUUGGCUGAGUCCGACUGCACUUCCUGUGCUGUUACCCAGGACAAGUCUCUUUACUGGGUUCCCACCCUCUACUUCCUUCACUCCAAUGGAACCGCUGAGCUUGUUGAGCAGCUGGGUGGUACCCUUGUGUACUACCUCCUCUAUGGAAAGGAUAUCAAGGCCUUCCCACGAGGCUUCCGCAUGAUUUCUGGAGACACUGGGCUCCGCAAUUUCCCAUUCGAACAGCCUGAUCCUCCAAAGUACCAGUGGACCAAAGAGGAGAGUACUCAGACCGCUCUCGGCCAAAAAGCCAUCGGCUUCAACUGUCUGAACUACGCUGCCCCGCCAGAGGCCUCCAUGUACAGACACACUAUCCCCGAACGCCAAUUCAUUGAUAAUACCUGUGCGAACGGUCUUCGUCUCGAAAUCAUGUUCCCAUCCUGCUGGGACGGGAAGAACCUCGACUCCAAGGAUCACAAGUCCCACGUCGCCUUCCCCAGCGAGAUCAACGGCGGCGUCUGCCCUGAGGGCUUCGACACCCGCCUUCCCACUCUCUUCUUCGAGACCAUCUGGGUUACUAAGCCUUUCGCCGGCAUGGACGGCAAGUUUGUCAUCUCCAACGGUGACCCAACUGGUGCCGGAUACCACGCUGAUUUCAUUGACGGAUGGGAUGAUGGUGUGCUCCAGGAGGCUGUCAACACUUGCACUAACGACUCUGGAGUUCUUGAGGACUGCCACGUCUUUAACAUCCAGGACCAGGCCAAACAGAACGAGUGCAAGAUGAAUGUUCCCCCAUCCAUCAAGGCUGAGGAGUACGAGUUCUGCCCCAACGGUCUGCCCGGUGGUGUCAAAGUCUCUACCGGACCCGGAUAUGUUGACGGCACCAGCCACCACGCACCCGUUGUCAAUGUCCCACAAGUCUCCGUCUCAGUCUCAGUCCCUGGCGGACCAAAGCUUCAUGUCCCAACCCCUACCCCCCCAGCCGCCCCAGCUCCUCCUGCUGCUGCCCCAGCUCCUCCAUCCGACCAGGCCCCUCCAGCUCCCCCAGCUCCAGUGACCACCCCAAAGCCAUCCGAUCCACCGGCUCCCCCAGCUCCUUCCGACUGCACUACCACCACUUUCACCAAGGACGGUACUGUAUAUGAGGUUGCCAUCGUCACCAAGACCGUCACCACCACUGUCCAGGCCACCGUUCCCGCAGCCCAGCCCACCCCAGCCAAGAGAGACAUGAACCUCCUCCGCCACCAUGGCGGCCACAGCCACGGUGGUCACCGUCGCCGUCAUGGACGCUUCUAA